AUUUAGGUUUCCUUGAUCAUAACUACUCACAGCCAUUCCAUUUUGCCGUUUCUUACAAACCCAAAACCCAUUUUGCCGUUUCCUCCAAAUUGAUGUUUCCUCUUGCAAGGAAAGAGGACAUACGAUUUUGGGGGAAUUGAUUAUCAGCGAAAUUGAUUCUGGAGUUGAAGGUUCACUUUCUCUACAAUAUAUGAAAAAAAGGAAUAGGCUUGGAUAUUAGUAUUUGGGUUAGCUUUCGGAGUCAUUUUCUGAAGCUUCGUGCUUAAUUUUCUUGAGAAUCAUAUUUGGCUUUUAUGAAGUAAAAAAGGAAUAGACAGUAAUGUCAAAUUAUGACGGCAAUGUGGACUUUAACUAUGAGGACAUUGACUUGGACAAUGUAAACCAAUCACAGCUUCCCAACAAUGUGCCUUUUGAUGAUAGUGAAACACAAGAUGUAGGAGGUCUGUAUAAUGCUCAAGUUGAAGUCAAUGAAAAUGUAGAAGUCAAUGUAAGUUGUACAAAAAAGUCAAGAGGUCCAAAUAUUAUUCAUUGGGGAGAAGAUGGAGUUAGAGAAAGAAUUAAGUGGGACAAGUUUGGAGCGCCUUUGUGGCCAAGAAAGAAGUGUGCACAAUUCUCAAAUUUUAUUGGGUCUUUAGCUGCUGAUGGUGGGUUCUAUCCUAUCAAUAUUAGUGAUUGGCGUCACUUGAAAAGUGAGAGUCAUAAAAGGGCAUGGGAACGGGUGAAGGGCACUAUUGAUUGGGCAGAUCCACAUACGGCUUCUAGGAGAUCUGCAAUAAAAAGCUAUGUUUUUAAGAGGCUUCAGGACCGUUGGAAGCAUCACAAGUCACAAUUGAAGCAGAAAUAUUGGCUACCGAAUCAAGGGAAACCUGAACGAUUUAAUUGCAAUCUUGAAUUGGUGGAUCAAAUUCAGUGGAAGGAGUUUGUUCAAUAUUUGGAUGAGGAAGAUACUCAGACGAAGGCUGCCAUAAAUGUUAGUAAUCGUUCUCAAAGGAUAAUGCAUCAUAGCACAGGAACAAGGACUUUUCCGGCUGUUGUACAUGAAUGGCAAGUUGAAAAUGGAGUUGAGGAGCAACCUGAUAGGUGGGAGAUAUUCAAGUUGACUCAUUCUAAGAAAGGCUGUAAAGACCAAUAUGUUGAUGAUGCAUCUACCAAGGCAGUGAUGGAAUAUGAACAUGCCGAGGAGGAAAGAAAGAAGUUGAAUAUUGAAAUAACUCCACAAGUUAGAGAAGAUAUAUACGCGGAAGUUCUUGGGGUAGAAAAGCGCAAUAUAGUGAGGGGGCUUGGAGCAGGAGUCAAAUGGCGGGAUGUUCCUUACAUUCAUACUGAAAAGAGGGCAGUUUCAAAAACUGUGGAGGCUUUGCAAGCUAAAUUCGAGGAACAACGGUUGGAGGCUGCAAGAUUAAGAAGUGAAGCUGAAAGGGAGAAGGUUGAGGCUGCUAAGAGAGAGGAAAGGAUCAGAUCUGAACUUGCUGAACGGGAGAAGAAAAUGGUUGAAGAGAUGGAAAAAUUUAAAAGAGAUCAGAUGAGAAUAAUGGAAGAUAACUUGAAGAUGGUGGAGCAAAGAGCAGUUCUAAGAAUGGGUCAAUGGAUGAAAGAAGCUGGAUUUUCAGGCAUAGACACCGCAUCACAAGCGUUUGUGGAGCAGAUUACACAAGCUACUUCAACCCAGCCACAAAGUAAUAUUCCAGUCAUUCCAACUCCAUCUAUGCAGCAUGGAUAUCGCCCAGAAAUGCCAAGAACUUUGACAAACUGACAUGGUGAGUUAUGGCAAUGUAAAUAUCAUGAGAGUAGCUUUUGUUUUUGUGAUAAACUACUCUCAGCCUAAUCUUAAUGAAGUGGACAUGGUAAAUAUAGGUGGGCUAGAAUAGUGAUGUUCUUGGACAAGGAAUUUGUUGUUGAAGGGGAAAGUCAUAGUGGUCUUCCACCUUCAUCAACAAUUACCUUGUUUUGAUUUCCAAGAACUUUCAAUGCAUUAAGGAAUGUAUUCUGGAAACUAUAUGAAUUGUAUUUUGUAAUUAUGUGAACAAUUAUGCUUUAGAAAUGAGAAAUUAAUAUCUAUUUCGAUUUAA